UGAUAUCACCCCUACAUGAAGAGAGGAAUUGCGUGCGAAUUCUCAUCGUCCCGGCCAUGCCUUUUCUUUCUCUAGUCAGCCGGCCUCACGCUUUGUUGUCGCACAAUUCCGAACGGGACAAAGGGUUUGAGUUUCACCUGCAGCAUAUGGAAAGUCUGACGCAGGGCGCGCACAUGAACUGUCCAUCGGUUCCGUCUCACAACUACUGUACCUGCACUCCGGAUCUGUCUUCUCCCUGCAGCAGCGACUUCCACAAUAGGAAGGGCAAAUGGUUUGCAUCUAGGUCUCUGGGCAUAUUUACAUCAGGAGAGCGCAGCGAGGUUCUAGACGCGCGGCAGGAACGCGUGCGUGGGCUAGAAGGAUCGACCAAUAGUGACCACCACACAGCCAUGGCCGUCCCGCUUCAAUGCUGCUGCGUAAGCAGGAGGGUGAAGGAGAAGGAGGAGAAAUCUCCGAGAGUCUCGGUGACAUUUUCUCAUCAUCGAACCGUAUGCUUGAAAGAGGUGUCGGGAGGGAGAGGAUGCCGAUGCAUGUGGUCCCGUUCUCUCUUUCUGCAGUACAUGUGCGCACAGAUCCAGAUCCAGUCCAGUGCAGCAGGACUGUAGUAUGCACUCCGCACACCGGACGAAAAGUUGUUUCGCUCUGGUGCACGCCCUGACCACCUGCAUGUCGUAUUGAGCGAAUGAAUGGAGGAAUACGCGUUCGUCGUUCACAGCCCGCCGUCUAGACUGCUGCUGCUGCUGGUGAUGAUGGACGAGGAUGGUGAUGAUGGCGCCCAACAAGCCGAGCCGACCAAGAAGCAAAGCUCCUCCGAAGUGCCGCCCGCCUUGCCGUCCACACCCUGCAUGCUAUGUUGUACAUGCCAUCAUUGUUGUUCCCGGUCGUAUACGAUUUACAGUGCAAUAC